AUGGCUCCUCCGCCAUUGAAGCGCCAGAAGACGAAUCCGGCCGAAGAAUCCCGACCACAGCCCACGCCCCAAGAACAGGCUCAGCAGGCUGCCAACGUUCCUCUGCCUCCAGAUACGCCUCCGGUCCCAACCUCAACUGCCAGCGAAGAGAAGCGAUCGUCAUGGCUGGCGCGAACGUGGCCGCGCAAAGCUCCCCCACUGACUCAAACACAUCGUGAGAGUGUAUCCUCUGCCUCUAGCAACAGCCCCUCGACAAUUAAACCUGCCGGUCAAGAGAGCAUCUCGCCUACCCGGGAACGAACGAAAACCCAGAGGUCGCCAUCAUUAGCGAUGACACUGGGGAAAUCCACCUCCAACCGGUCUCUACCGAUUAAUGCCACGACGACGAUUGUCAAUGCCACCUCGGGAGCUGCAGCGACUCCAGGAAGGGCCCAUCCACAAUCAGGGUUGUCUUCACAGGCAAAGGAUGACGCGACAGUGGGCAAGCAAGCGGGCAAAGACGACCAAAGGCCGGAGAAGACAGAUGAUACCUCCACGCACCCCCUGCUGGGAGGAACCCCGACUCCGGAACCUUCACAGCCAGACACUGCCCACCAGACCUUUCCCGAAUCGCAGAGUAUGUGGCUAAGCUGGCUACCUGGUAAGAAGGACGGAGUAGCAGUCAAGCCUACGGAAACACAGGGACCUCCAGUCCAACCAAAACCCGACGAAGCGUCGGAAGUGCCCCCAGGAAACGGACCGGCCCCAGAUCCCGCCGCACCGCAGCCCGAGAUGGCCGAACAGCCUCAGCAAUCCUCUGUAAGUGCGACGAACAAGAGGAGUUGGUAUCAAAUGUGGAGCAGUAGUGAUCCACCAGCUGAAGUCCCUAAGCAAGAAGAGCCGGCAUCGAAGCCAGGUCAAAGCAGUUCGACAGGACCAGUCGAAACUGCAAAGGCAGCGACCGGACCCACGAAGCAUCUGGACAUACUCCCUCCAAGCACGCCCAAGGCCAAAGAUGGUUCCCAAGCGUCUUCACUGGAGACUUCACCUCCUCCACCUCUGCACGGCGAUGGUUCCAAGUCAGGGUGGGUGUUUUGGUCUCGAGAAAAGAAGCGCCCGGAGUCAAUUAAGUCUGAAAGUGAGCCUCGCGUGGGCGAGAUAGCCAUCUCGGAUACGCCGUCACAAGCCCGGCCAAAGCGAGCAUCGAUCAGCCUCCAAGAUGAAGCAGCUAAGCCAGCACUCAAACCAUCUCCUCAAGAAACCCAGUCCAAGAAAGCUGCUUCGCAGAAGACUGCUGAGCCCAAGCGGCAAGGGCCCACCGAACAGCCAAUACUGGCAAAAGCCCAAAAGACGUUGGCCUCUAAGCAAGAUCCCUCGCGAACCACCAAAGCCUCAUCCUCUACGGCUGCGGCCAUUGCGAAAGAACCCCGUCCCGCUUCCCCAGCACCAUCCCUCGACAAGAGGAAGGAAGACAACAAUCUACUCCUGCCGCUGCUUCACGACACCAUCACCCACGAAGAACAACCUUCCAUCCUCCAACAGCUCGCGCGUCUGCUCUACUACACCCGCGAACCCAACGCACACCAACACCUCUCUCUAAUUCGCGAUCCGCCUCGGAUAAAACACGCCCUGGCAAUCGGGGUGCACGGCUACUUCCCUGCGCCCAUGGUCCGAUCCAUUCUCGGCCAACCCACCGGCACGAGCAUAAAAUUUGCGGAAAAAGCCGCACAGAAUAUUCGUCGCUACACAGCCUCGCAGGGGUAUGAGUGUGAAGUCAAGACAGCGGCACUGGAAGGAGAAGGUCGCAUUGCCGAACGCGUCGAGCUGCUGUGGAAACUCCUCUUGAACUGGAUUGACGAGAUCAGACGCAGUGAUUUUAUCCUCAUCGCCGCUCACUCUCAGGGCGUCCCCGUGGCGAUCAUGCUCGUCGCAAAACUUAUCCACUUUGGCUGUCUUAGCCCGGCUGCCCGGAUCGGCGUAUGCGCCAUGGCAGGCGUCAACAUAGGCCCCUUCCAGGACUACAAGUCGCCCUGGAUCACCGGCUCCGCGGGGGAAUUGUUCGAAUUCACCAACCCGAACAGCAAAGUCUCGACGGACUACCUGGCCGCGAUAUCGGACUGUCUACAGCACGGCGUCAAGGUCACCUUCGUCGGCAGCAUCGACGACCAACUCGUGUCGAUGGAAUCAUCCGUCUUCGCGCCCCUGACGCAUCCGCACAUCUACCGCGCCGUCAGCAUCGACAGUCGCAUCCACGCGCCCAACUUCCUCUCCAACCUCGUGGGCUUCGUGCUCAAGCUCCGCAACGUCGGCGUCCCGGACCACGGCCUCAUCCGCGAACUCUCCACCCCGCUGGCCGGCUCGUUAUACACGGGCGAAGGGCACUCGCGUCUCUACGAGGACGACGCCGUCUACGCGCUCGCCAUCGCCUUCACCCUCGAAACCACAUCCCUUCCCAACACGCCGAUCACGUCGUCGAAACGCGCCCCGAUCUCUGUGCCCAGCGAUGGGAAAUCCACCCCCUCGGGCUCUCAGACCAGCAACCCGUAUAUCCUGCCGUUUGCCAUGCGCGGGAUCUUGGAAGAGGACAUCGUCAAGAAGGACCUGAGAGACGAGGCCAAGAGGCUCUUGGAGCAAUUUGACCAAUGGGAGCCCAAGACCAAGGUCCUGAAGGAUGUCAAGUUCCGACUCGAGGGAGUGAGGAGUCAAUUGCUGUGA